AUGACAGCAGACGGUGAGGGUGCAGCAAACCCGGUAGAUAGCGUUCAAGAUGCACAGCCGGUGUCUUCAAGUGCAGCCUCGGUCGUUAUGGCUGAGGCACUUGAUACCGUAUCAAAAAGUCGAGCAGAGAAGACGAUGAGUAGUGGAAGGGAUAUCGCUCAAGAGGAAGAGGUUUCAGACAAGAUGAGGGAUGUCGAGUCGGAUACGCACAAAGAGGAAGAGGUUCCAAAUCCACGCGAGGGCGAAGAUGUGUUCGAAUACGGACAAUUCGUAUACUGCGAUGGGCGUUGCAGUCUGAACCCCAUCACCGCUUGGCCUCUGACGGAGAAGUAUUAUUUUUGUAAUGACUGUGUCGACGUGGCCCUCUGCGGCAAGUGCUAUCCGACGCAGACUCAGUACUACGAGGAUUACGGACAGGGAUUCUGGUACAAGGUCUGCUGGGCAAAGCACGAGUUCCUCGAAGCGCCCAUCGACGGGUGGAGAGGAGUCAGGAAUGGAAUGAUUCGGAUCGGCGACAAGGAGAAAUCGUGGUUCGAAUGGCUCGACGAGGUCAAGAAAAAAUGGCAGAAGAAGAUGAAUGAGUUUGGCGAGGGUGGGUUGAACUCAAACGAGCGUAUUGGGACGUAA